AUGGCGGCGGCUCUGCAAGCCACGCCGCUCAAAACCCUAGCCAUCUCCCGCCGGCGCGUCGGCGGCGCGGGGGCGCGGCCGCGGCGGAUGGCGGCAAGCUUCCGGUGCUCCGCGGCGGCGAGGAGCUACAACAUCACGCUCCUCCCCGGAGACGGCAUCGGCCCGGAGGUGGUCGCCGUCGCCAAGGACGUGCUCUCCCUCGCCGGCGCCCUCGAAGGCGUCGAGCUCCGGUUCCAGGAGAAGCUGGUGGGCGGCUCCGCGUUCGACGCCACCGGUGUGCCGCUCCCCGACGAGACGCUCGACGCGGCCAAGGGUUCUGACGCUGUCCUCCUCGGCGCCAUUGGAGGCUAUAAGUGGGAUAACAAUGAGAAGCACCUCAAGCCUGAGACCGGGCUGCUGCAGCUUCGUGCCGGACUCGGGGUUUUUGCCAAUCUGCGACCAGCUGCAGUGUUGCCACAGUUGGUAGACGCAUCCACUCUGAAGAAAGAGGUAGCUGAAGGUGUUGACAUCAUGGUUGUCAGAGAGCUUACUGGAGGCAUCUACUUUGGCAAACCCAGGGGUUUUGGAACAAAUGACAAGGGAGAGGAUAUUGGCUUCAACACAGAAGUUUAUUCAGCUUCUGAGAUUGAUCGUAUAGCACGUGUUGCAUUUGAGGUUGCUCGCAAGAGAAGAGGAAAACUAUGCUCGGUUGACAAAGCAAAUGUUCUGGAGGCAUCCAUGCUUUGGAGGAAAAGGGUGACUGCACUAGCUUCGGAAUUCCCUGACAUUGAGCUCUCACACAUGUAUGUUGAUAAUGCUGCGAUGCAGCUUGUUAGGAAUCCUAAGCAGUUUGACACAAUUGUCACAAACAAUAUUUUUGGUGACAUAUUAUCUGAUGAAGCAUCAAUGAUUACGGGAAGCAUUGGAAUGCUUCCAUCUGCCAGUGUUGGUGAAUCGGGACCUGGUCUUUUUGAACCUAUUCAUGGCUCUGCCCCCGAUAUUGCUGGACAGGACAAGGCCAAUCCAUUAGCUACAAUUCUUAGUGCAGCGAUGCUAUUGCGAUAUGGCCUAGGAGAAGAAAAUGCUGCGAAGAGAAUUGAAGCUGCAGUUACAGAAACACUGAACCAUGGGUUCCGAACUGGGGACAUAUAUUCUCCUGGAACAACAUUGGUUGGAUGCAAGCAGAUGGGGGAAGAAGUCUUGAAGACAGUGGAGUCACUAAAAGAAGUGGCUGCUGUAAACUGA